AUGAAGUGUCUGCGCACGGCUGCUGGCUUCACAGCUCUAGGUGUGAGCCUCCUGGCUUGUGUACUGCUCACACUCAGCACAGUCGUACACGCCGACCUGUCUCUCCAACAGCAGCAGCAAUACCAACCUCUGGCUCCUCGUGCCGCAGUCACGCCCUUGCCACGCUCCGUCCAAGGUGCAACACCACCGCAUUCGCCCCAAAAUGGCGACCACGACCUAUUUCGCCGCCAAGUUGCGUCGAGCACAAUCACGUCAGCAACUUCAACCUACUCGGAACUGCCCACCGCUGCCAUCAGCAUCGACGGACAGCCUCCUCCCUCUUCUACAGGCGAUCCCUUGCUCGCCCUCAUGCCCGACUUUGCCUUCAGCAUGCCUGCGCAAAUCGUCGUAGAUGGUAUCAAUAUCGCACUCAUCUCGGUGCUUGUCAUCCACCUCCUCUUCACCGUCCAAUACCAUUUCCCUCUCAGCAGAAAGAACUUCUACCUUCAGAUCUCGAGCUCGCUCAUGCUCCUCAUCAGCCUCAGCGUCACGCUUCAUAUCGUUCUCGAUCGUCUCGAAUCCGAGUCGCAGCGUUACCCCUUCAUGUUCCCUUACAUCGGCAUCCAAUUACCGCCGGGCGAUGACACGUGGACAAAAGUGCAAGAGGUCUUCUUCCUCCUCAUGCGAGCCAUCACCACCGCCCUCAUCCACAUCACCCACAUCCAGUUCCUCACUCUGCUCUUCCCUUCGUCUCUGGAAGCACGUCUCAUCUUCUGGAUGCUCGGCCCCAUGGCCAUCAUCAACUCCGGAAUGGAGUUCACCGGCCUCGCCGAUGAUGCCGAUGCAAAGACCAACGAUCUUGGCGAUGCCAUCCGCAACAUUUGCAACAGUACCUUGACCCUUCUCUACACCACCGCUCUGCUCAUCUGGGGUCUCCUUGUCAAUCGUCGACGAGCCUGGCGCGCAGGCGGCGGCACAGCGGCCUUCGGUGGCGGUUCCGUAGGGCUCGCUCUCAUCAACACCGCCAUCAGCUUCACCGAGAUCAAGUACGACCGCCUCUGGUGGCUCCCUAACGUCUGCUGGACGCUCACCAUCUGGCAGAGCUGGCUCGGGUUCUGGUGGUGGGUCAGCAGCGGAAUGGGUAUCGGCGAAGUCGAGGAUCGCCAGGAGCGUCUCGAGCGUAAGAGGAAGCGCGACGAGCGCAAACGUCGCAAGCUCGAGAAGCAGAAGCACAAGCUCGCCAUGCUCGAGGCCGCCGAAGCCAACAUCGCCGAAGGCCACAGCUCGCAGCACGAUUCCAGCUCCAUCCCGGGCCUCAGCGGUUUCCGUCGUAUCAAGCAUCGCCUUGUCGGCGAGCCACAUGCGUCCGGCACGCUCAUCCGCCGCAAUCGUCGUCAGAACACUUCCGGCGACGAUCCCGAUGGCGGCAGUGCGCAAGCACGUACCAACAGCGCCUCCACCGCUGACGACAUUGAGCUCGACCAGAUCCGUGUAGCAUCACACAAUCAACAAGAUGCCCAGGAACAGCGCCCAACCUCGGCGCAUGGUGCUCCUCUGACCGGUAUCGCCAUUCACAGAGCAGGCGAAGAUGGCGACGAGCGUGAUGAGCGCGAUGCAGAUGUCGAUGCCGAUGCUGCUAACAACGACGAUGGCAGGACUACGGCAGGCACAGGCUCGGGAUCGAGCGACUCGAAUCCUACCGCCUCGUCUGCACCAGGCUGGAUCUCGACCGCAGCGCAACGCUUCAUGGACAGUCAGCCCAACUUUAUCAAGGCUCGCUUCCGUCGAUUGCGUCUGGCGCACAUGGCAGCGGCGCGUAGAGCGGCGCAUCAGCAGACCGCACUACGUGAGCAGGUGCUCAACUCGUCGCGCACAACCGGGCCAGGUCUUCGUCACAUGAUGUUCGAUCGGCCCAGCUCGACGCGCACUGGCAUGGACAGCAGCGCAGAUAUGAAUGCUCUGCCCGAGCUCUCUUCAACGCUCGGCCGCUCUGCAUCGUUGGGUACCAAACCGACUCAAGAUACCAAGACCAUCUCCACCGCCUCUUCCCUCCGCGCUGCCCGCGAGCCCAGAAGCCAGAGCACUGACGCUGCAGUAUUCUCACAACGUCGCGAUUCCGCCUCCACGCGCAGCUCGAUUGCGCUAGCUACGCGUGGCGAUGAGCGAAUUCACGAGGCCGAGGACGAUGACGACGAGCACGAGCUAGACUCGACAUCUCUGCGAGGAACCUCUGAAAGCAGUUCGUCUGUUCGAAGAGCGCUCAGUUCGGCCAAUGCCGGAGUCACAUCCCCUGCCUCAGAUCACGCUGUCUCUGCAUCAGCACGAGCAGAACCACCUGCAGCCGGACCCAGCAGCACAGCCAUCACCUCGUCGCAACCUCGUCACAUGUCACCAGGCGCGCCUGCAGCCGCGAGGGAUGAAGACUGGGAAGAUGUGGACGCGGCGGCUCCCACCGGACGCGGCAGCACUGCUGAUUCUACGCACGUCCCCCACCGUGUCAGCUCACGCAGCACGAGGGACGACGGCAGCGAUGACGAUGAUGCAGACGACCCUAGCUGGUUCUGGCGCGGAGGUCUCCGCAAGAUGCGUCUGCGCGACCGCACGACCUACGAUUGA